UAUGACCCGUACACCGUGCUGAGUUCUACGCGCGCUGGCGGUUCGGAAGAACUAUGGCCCGCAGGGCCAUCUUUUCCAUACUAUAGAACCUGGGGAUGUUGGUUAACCUGUUAGUUAUAGAGAUUCCUAUAUUAUCUACUUUUAUGAGCUAUUACCAUGCUAAUACCUACUUGAAUGCCUACUUGAAUGCCUGCUUCAAUACCUACUUGAAUGCCUACUUGAAUGCCUGCUUCAAUAACUACUUGAAUGCCUGCUUGAAUGCCUGCUUCGAUGCCUGCUAAUACCUCCUUUAAUAUCUACUUUAAUGCCUAUUUUAAUUCUAAC